UCACGACGAAAAGGCGCGAUUUCCUCAAUCCCUUUAUGUUUCGACAGGUGGUUGGUCCCGUUGGUCCAUUGAUUUCGCGAAAUUUUCCAAAUUUUUCGAGCUAAUUUGCAGAUUACUUAAAAUGAAAGUUGAGAAAACCGAGAAAGACGAGAGUUUGGCGUCGAAACAGCUGAGCCUCCUCAAAGGACUUAUCGAAAAUCACCGUCUGGAAUGGAGCACAAAUUUCAGGGAAUGCCAGCCCUUGAUUACGCUGACAGAAGAGCCUCCAAGCUUCAUGAAAGUGCUGGGGACAAACUGCCGGCGUCGUUUCCUCGUGGUUUCCAACGCUGCCGUUGCUAAAGCAGACAAUGCCCAGCUGCCAGAUAGAAAGGAACAGACUGUUAAAAAAGAACUUGUUGCCCCAGUUGGAUUGGAAAUCGCAGGGUGCCCUUUGGAGUCUCCUUUCACGGCAGAAGAAAUGGAAAUGCUCAACUCCAGACUUACUGUUCUGAACAUUAACUUCUUUCCUUUGGACAUUUACAAUCCUCUUCCUUCCCAAUUCGCCAGGAAUAUUCUUUUCUGGUACAGUACGGAAAUAACGAAAUUCUGCAAAUCCAACGGCAUCAGCCCGAAUGACGCAGCUUCAGUCAUCGUCAUCUGCAACGACAAAAGCACCUCUACGCCAGGAAUGGCGGUUAUUUUUGGAACAAGUUCUUUUGACUCCAUCAGUGACACGACCAUUCAAGCAUCCUGCCUCGGAACCUUGAGUGCGUCCGAGUUGAAGGAAAUAAGGGACAAGACCUUCAUGACCAACUCCAAGAUUGUCAAAGCAACCCUGAGAGCAGAAUACCUGCAGCCCACGCACCUAGCCGAGGGGGUGGACUCGUCGGAAAACGCGAAAGCUGAUUGCUUUCACGUUAAAAUGACCUGGAACAACCCGAAGCAGCACAACUCGGACAUUCCUGCUCCGCAGCUAGCAGGAACAGUCGCAGACAUUCAAAUCACUCUGCAAGACAACUUCUCUCGCUGGCAAUGCGGAAAAAUCUGGGAGGAAAUCAAUCUGCUUCGGUCUAUUGCCAAGCUGGUUGCGGGCCGCAAAAUCGAGUCUGAUGCCCCUCUGCCUGCUUUCAAUGGAAUUCCAAUUGACAAAACCAUUUCUGAAAUGCUGAGUGCCGGUGUCGACAUUGAAAAUGAGCUCACCUCCCUGAAACAAAUCUUCCAAGUCGUCAGUGACGGCGCCAGGCCCUUUGUCGACGUCACAGACUUGAUUUGGAACUCUCUCAAGUACAAAUCACACAUUGGUGAGGUUGCAAAGGAACUCGAACACGCGAUGAAACAAAGUGUCGUCCACGAUUUUGCCGUGCAGCCAUCCAAUCUGACCGACUUGGGGAAAUUGUGCAGGACUCUUUACGAGUCGAAAGACGCGACUCUAAUCACGGAGCCGGACGCGAGGCAAACUUUGUUGCACAUGCUGCAGAUCGGAUUCCUCAAGGUCAAGAGGGACUUCAUCUUUGUUGCCAAACAGUCGGAAAUGAUGGUUUUCAACGUGUUAACCAAAGCUCUGGACCAGACCGACUGGCCCACAAAGAUGGAGAAGCUGUCUCAGGUGUUCCAGGCCUUUGAAUUAGUAUUACGUGCGGAAGAGUGGCUCCACCUGAAGAAAGAUGGUCUGUCCGACUUGUUUGUCAAGGCCCUGGGCACUCCAUUCUUGGAGGAAAUCUGCGUGUCGAUGCAGUCACACCACUUGAGCCACAUCAUUACCAGUUACGAGCCAGUGAUUCGGCGCUGGGACAUGGAGCUGAGCAAGGGAGUGACGACAAUUCAUCAGCACUUUGUGGCCAGCCAGUAUCCUCUUUUCUCCUGGAGGGUGGAAAAACCCCAAGGUGACGAAUCUCAAACUGAAGAGCAAGACAAAGAGAUGAAGUUCCACUGCGCGUUUCUGUUUGAGCAGAAGAGACCAGUCAGGUGCUAAAAACGCCCACGAAAGAAUAAGUCAGUAUUUUGUUUGUUUGUAGAAAAUUUGUUUAUUACUUAAAAUGUACAAAUCAUUCAGAGGUUAGAUUCUCAAUCACACGCAGAUUGCACUUUGAGGUAUUUCCCUAUAUUGAUAAUUAUACCUCCACCGCUGCCCCGCAACUAAUUAUAUUUACAACACAUGGCUUUGUACAAAAACUAUUUGGUCUUUUGAGACUGCUGAGUGUCAGAUAAUUUUUUUGAUUCUGCUGUUCUUCCAGUUGUGUUACAUACAAUAAAUAAUCUUCUCAUUUUCA